UUCAGAGAUGCUCUUCUGCCUACCUUGGUUGUAACGGGUGGUUAUUUGAGUCACUGUUGCCUUUCUAUCAGCUCGAACCAGUCUGGCCAUUCUCCUCUGACCUCUGGCAUCAACAAGGCAUUUCCGCCCACAGAACUGUCGCUCACUGGAUAUUUUUUCUUUUUCGGACCAUUCUCUGUAAACCCUAGAGAUGGUUGUGCGUGAAAAUCCCAGUAGAUCAGCAGUUUCUGAAAUACUCAGACCAGCCCUUCUGGCACCAACAACCAUGCCACGUUCAAAGUCACUCAAAUCACCUUUCUUCCCCAUACUGAUGCUCGGUUUGAACUGCAGGAGAUUGUCUUGACCAUGUCUACAUGCCUAAAUGCACUAAGUUGCCGCCAUGUGAUUGGCUGAUUAGAAAUUAAGUGUUAACGAGCAGUUGGACAGGUGUACCUAAUAAAGUGGCCGGUGAGUGUAUGUCUUGCAGUCGAAGCGCGCCUCAUUUAUACUGAGGCCACUGUCCUCAUUGCAGCUGUUGCUGGUUCAACUCCCGGCCAUAACCCUUUGCUGCAUUUCCUCACAUACAGCAAGAUACUUCUGCAGGCAGAUAAACCGUGUAGUUCAUCUGUUAAAGACAGCUUGACCCUGAAUUGUGCAGAGAGACCAGCACACCUGAGAAGGAAACAGUCCUGUGAAAUGUACAGUCGUGUCCUCCCGCUAAAAAAAACUACACUGGACUUUUUUUUUUUGCUGUUUUGUCAACUUGUGUGGCUGCAACCAAAAUAUUCCUCCCCCAUUUAUCAUAUUAGAAUGUGUCGAGAACAAUAUGGCAGCUUUGAAUGUGCAGCUUGAAGAAAAAGACAGGAGCGUUAACAUUCUCCUUGGCAUCUCUGUUUUCUCCUCCUCCUGUCUGCGCCUGCUCUGUUUGUUGUGGUUGACGCUGCACAGAAACUCAGCAACACUCAUGAGAGACAGACCUGUUUCUCAGUCUGUGGUUCAUUUUAAGAGGAGAGAGGGCGGGCAGAGGAGAGGAAAGGUCGAGGUUACUCUUAUUCGCCUUCAGUCCUUCAGUAUUUGUUUAGCAGUGCAAAAACAGAGGACUUGUGGGGGAGUAAAGAUGGGGAGGCAUUGAGUCAGCUCCCCGCGUGUCCCCCCUGCUCUGGCUGUCUCGGCUCCUGUAGCACCGCUCCUCUCCCGAUGUGAACUCUGAGGAAGGCACGCACAUUUACCGAUACGCCGUCAGACAAGCAUUAAAACUACACUCAGAGAACAGCCAUAGUUCCUGUUUCUCUGUUGCACUUGGCCACAGUCGUAAAGUUAGCUGCAGACAGUUAAAUCAUGUCUGACUCAAGUGUUAUCAUCUGAAAUGAAAACUGAUGGCGUGUUAUUUUUGUCUUUUUCGCUACAGUUUUGUCUGUUCCACACACACACCAUCCCAUGUGGGACCUUGUAAGCCUGUUGUCCUGUCUCGUGUUCUCUACAGCAGGGGGCCCUCUGCUGUAAUCCUAAAAUGCAUGUUGGGUAAAUAUGUGCCCCAAGACAUGUAGACUUCAUCACCUCGUUACAUAAGGCCUUUUUGUCUGACGGAGAGCCAGAGCGAGGGAGACAGGAGGAAGAGGGGGAAAUGAGAAAGAAGAAGAAGAAGAAGCAGGAAAAACAUUUGAAGGAGUUGACAGAGUUAUUUGGGGUCUUUUUUAAUCUCUCUACACGCAGAACGUUUCCAGCGGAGAGGUGAAAGAGAAAUGUGGAUUGAGAGAGAUGUCGGACAAGGGUCUUGUUGUGUGCAUAUUUUAAAGAGAGAUUUGGUGUUCUUGAGGUGAGCUUUUACAUGACUUAAACAUGAGCACAGCUGAGCUGUCCUCAGAAGAAGUCAGUCAUGGCAGCCCCUCAUUAUCCUCUCCAGUCUGUCCUCAUCUUCAUCCAAAAAUGUUCUAAACAGCAGAAAAAGAAGGCUCCUUCUGCACAUUUGGCUACUUUCAGCAAUAUCCCACCCAUAAUGUCAAUUCCAGUUUUACUUUUUUGCAACUCAACUAUUAAAGACCUGUCAGAGUGGAUUUAACUCUCAUUUUCAAUUUUUUAUAAUGCUGCUCUCACAAUGUGGAGCCAUUUUAUAUUUUAUAAAGCCUACACUCUCUUUCUUUGUUGAGACAGAUCUACUUCUCCAAUAAGCGACCAAUUCCUUUCACCGUUGUGUCAUCAAAUGAGUAUUUCUAUUAAAAAGAAGAUGACCUCUGCUGUCCUCACUUCUUUAUGCUGUGAAAAAAGAUCAACCUGAACAUGAACUUGAACUGGCACCGUGCACUUUUAAAAAAAUGUGACAAAAAUAGUUCCUGGAUUUGUAACGGCUAACCUAGGUCAAAGUAGUUUUCUUAGUUGACAGUUAAUCUGCGCAUCUUUAAAAAGUCUCCACAGUAAGGGUUCAUUUCAACAGGAGGAGAGAUCUAAAGGUCCAAGUGAGAAUAAAAUGUGCAUGUAUGGAUAUGUCAGCCAAAGUGAUUUCAGCAUUCUGGAUAGUUGUGUGUUGCUACUGAAUAAGUGUAAUCUUUUCUAAAAUCAUAGAUUUAGCUCAUAGAUUAAAAUCAGAUUUACACCAGAGCUGGUCUUUAAUAAAUGUGUGUUUACACUAAAACACACAAAUGGUAGAAAAUGCUCAGUUAAACAUGAAAUAACCAGUUGAUGGGGAUAGUGUGUGAUCAGUCUGUCAUGUUGGAACAACCUCAGAAGAGUGUUGUGUGCAGGAAUAUGUUCCGUUUCUUGAGUGGGCAGCUGGUUACCUGUGAAACUCCUCCUCCUGACUGGUGAGCGUGCGCAUUGCUUCAUUCCCUUCCUUGCUGUUGAACUGUGUGUAGCGUUUCGUUUCCUCCUGAAAGCGCUCUCUUGCUGUUUUGGUUUAUUUUCUAUCUGUAAUUUAUCAGUACAUCUGUCUGUUUAGAAAGUCUGUAAGUAUUUCUGAUAGUUUUCACCAAGCACUGUUUUUAUCUCCACUCCGGGCGAUCCCUCUGACCAUUUACUUUAUUAGCUCCUAGCUUAGCUUCUCUUAGCUACACUUGCUAACGAUGGCUUCCCCCCGGUCGCCUGCUUCUCCUGCUCGCUUCUGCUCAGUGUGUCAGAUGUUCAGUUACUCCUCGUCCUCCUUAGACGAUAACGAUACCUGCUUUAAGUGUAGUUUAUUCUUAGCUCUGGAGACGAGGAUUACAGAGUUAGAAAAGCGGCUCCGCACCGAUGCUAGUGUAGCGAUAGCCAGCCAGGACUCGGUAGCCGGUGCGGGUCGGCCUAGCUUAGCCUCCCCCCCGGCGAAUCCCGAGCAGCCGGGAUGUAGUAGUGGUUGGGUCACUGUGAAAGGGAAGCAUAGCAGUAGACCUAAGAAGCCCACGGUAGACCACCACAUUCACACUUCAAACAAAUUUGCCCCUCUCAGCAACACACCUGCUGAGCCUGACGCUCUUGUGAUUGGAGACUCUGUAGUCCGAAAUGUGAAAUUAGCGAAGUCAGCGGCCAUAGUUCAGUGUCUCCCGGGGGCCAGAGCGGGCGACAUCGAAGGUAGUUUAAAACUGCUGGCAAAGGCUAAACGUAAAUUCCGUAAGAUUGUAAUACAUGUCGGCAUAAAUGACUCCCGACGCCGCCAGUCGGAAGUCACUAAAUUGAACGUGGAAUCGGUGUGUGAAUAUGCCAAGACCAUGUCGGACUCCGUAGUUUUCUCUGGUCCCCUGCCCGAUCAGACAACUGAUGAGAUGUGUAGCCGUAUCUCAUCAUUCAACCGCUGGCUGUCGAGGUGGUGUCCGCAAAACGGCGUGAGCUUCAUUGAUAAUUGGAAGUCAUUUUGGGGCAAGCCUGGUCUGAUUAGUCGGGACGGCAUUCAUCCCACCCGAGAUGGAGCGGCCCGUUUAUCCAGAAAUCUGGCCGAUUUUAUUAAUCCGAACCACUGACAAUUCAAAGCAGAGAUCAGGGAGCAGGGCCGCAGUCUUACACGCCCCCCUGCGCCUCUUUUAGAGCAGCCUCCCAGCCACUACCACUUAUACACAGAGACAAGGGAGCAGAGCCGCAGUGUAAAACGCCCUUCUGUACUCCCUUCAGAGCAGCUUCCAAGCUACAAUCAGCUUGACUUAGAAAUCAGGGAGCAGAGCCGCAGUGUAAAACGCCCCUCUGUACUCCCUUCAGAGCAGCUUCUAAGCUACUCUCAGCUUGACAUAGAAAUCAGGGAGCAGAGCCACAGUGUAAAACGUCCCUCUGUACUCCCUUCAGAGCAGCUUCCAAGCUUCUCUCAGCUUGACAUAGAAAUCAGGGAGCAGAGCCACAGUGUAAAACGUCCCUCUGUACUCCCCUUCAGAGCAGCUUCCAAGCUACUCUCAGCUUGACAUAGAAAUCAGGGAGCAUAGCCACAGCUCUACACGUUCCUCUGUACUUUUGUUAGAGCAGCCUCCUAGCUACUGUCACUUUAAUAUAGAGACUGUGUCUGUCCCUCGUACUCGGCUCUCAAAUUCUAACCGAUCAAUUAAAAAAGGAGUAAAUAACAAGAACCUUACUAGAAUUAAGACUGUUAACAUAGCUGAACCAAGUACUAGUAAGAUAAAAUGUGGCCUACUGAAUAUAAGGUCUCUAAAUUCAAAAUCUGUGUUAAUAAAUGAACUAAUCUCUGAUCAUCGCAUUGAUUUACUCUCCCUAACCGAAACAUGGCUGCGUAAGGAUGAAUAUGUAAGUUUAAAUGAAUCCACUCCUCCUAGCCACCUAAACUUUCACAUUCCUCGAGACUCCGGCCGAGGUGGUGGAGUUGCAGCUAUCUACAAUUCCAGUCUUAGAAUUAACCCAAGACCAAAACUAGAUUAUAACUCUUUUGAAAGUCUCGUUCUCAGUCUCCCGCACCCAGCCUCAAAGUCCAUGAGACCACUGGUAUUUGCUAUAGUUUACCGCCCUCCGAGCCCAUACUCUGAGUUUUUGUCAGAGUUCUCAGAGUUCCUAUCCGAAUUAGUCCUUCUCGCAGAUAAAGUCAUCGUCGUCGGUGACUUUAAUAUUCACAUAGAUGUGGAAAAUGAUAGCCUAAGCAUUUCUUUUCGGUCCUUGCUAGAUUCAAUUGGGUUUACACAGUGUGUACAUAGACCUACGCACUGCUUUAACCACACUCUCGAUCUCGUCCUGGCUUAUGGCCUCGAAACUGAUGCCCUGUUAGUCAGCUCAUUAAAUCCUCUAUUAUCUGAUCACUGUCUAGUAACUUUUGAAUUUGUGCUCUCAGGUUACUCUCCUCACAACAAAGUCGUGCUAACUAGAAGGUUGUCUGAAAAUGCUGUUACUAAGUUCAAGGAGGUAAUUCCGUCUGCUCUAAAUUCUGUAGUUGAGAAAAACUUUACUGAUAGCUCAUAUUUAAACAUCAGUCCCUUGCAACUCGACCAGUUUGUUGAUGAUACCUCAGGCACACUGCGAUCAGUUCUAGACUCAGUUGCCCCUCUUCGACAGAAAACUAUUACACGCGAGAGGCUAGCCCCGUGGUAUAAUGCUGAAACCCGUGAGCUGAAACAGUUAUUAAGAAAAUGUGAAAGGAUUUGGCGCUCCUCCAAAACAGCUGAAGCUCGUUUUCUCUGGCAGGAAUGUCUCGAUAAAUAUAAGAAAGCCCUACGACGUGCUCGGACAACCUACUACUCGUCUCUUAUUGAGGAAAAUAAGAAUAACCCCAGAUAUCUCUUCAGCACUGUAGCCAGGCUGACAGACUGUCCGAGCACCACUGAACCAUGUAUCCCAUUAGCCCUUAGCAGCAAUGACUUCCUGAGCUUCUUCAAUGAUAAAAUCUUAAAAAUAAGAGGUAAAAUUAGUAACCUAUUGACUCCACCAAGUGUCUCUCUCUCAGAUAACCCUAAAAAUGUUGAGGAGCCCCUAAGGCCUCUGGUGCACCUUAGUAAUUUUGUACCUAUUGACCUUCCUGAGUUAAAAUCAGUGGUGCUAGCAGCCAAACCAUCGACGUGUCUCUUAGACCCAAUUCCAUCUAAAUUGCUGAAGGAAACUCUUCCUUUGAUUAGUACGUCCCUGCUCAAAAUGAUUAACACGUCUUUAUUAACAGGAUAUGUUCCCCAGUCUUUCAAGACUGCAUUGAUUAAGCCUCUCCUUAAAAAACCUACUCUAGACUCAAGCUCCCUAGCUAACUAUAGACCAAUAUCCAACCUUCCUUUUAUUUCUAAAAUCCUAGAGAAAGUUGUUGCGAAUCAACUCUGUGAUUUUCUCCAUAACAAUGGUUUAUUAGAGGAUUUCCAGUCUGGGUUUAGAACCCAUCACAGCACAGAGACUGCUCUGCUAAAGGUGUCAAAUGACCUACUCAUGGCCUCAGACAAUGGUUUUCUCUCUGUUCUAGUCCUGUUAGAUCUUAGUGCAGCAUUUGACACAAUUGACCACUCCAUCCUGCUUCAGAGACUAGAACAAUCUAUAGGCAUAGCAGGAUCAGCUCUCUCCUGGUUUAAAUCGUACCUAACAGAUCGAUCCCAGUUUGUCAAUGUAAAUAAUAAAUCCUCUGCACACACCAAAGUGUGCUACGGUGUGCCGCAAGGGUCAGUGCUCGGUCCAAUCCUCUUCACCCUGUAUAUGAUUCCGCUGGGUAAAAUUAUGAGGAAGUAUUCGAUUAAUUUCCACUGUUAUGCAGAUGACACCCAGCUAUACCUAUCCAUAAAGCCAGAGGAAGCAGGCCAGGUUGCUAGGUUAGAAGCCUGCCUCAAAGAUAUAAAAUCCUGGAUGACCAAUAACUUUCUAAUGCUCAAUUCAGACAAAACUGAAGUUCUGGUCCUCGGUCCUAAACACCUUAGAGAGGCGUUCUCUAGUAAUUUAGCUACAUUUGAUGGUAUCAGCCUGGCAUCCAACCCCACUGUGCGUAAUCUAGGAGUUGUAUUUGAUCAGGAUUUAUCUUUUAGCUCCCACAUUCAACAAAUUUCUAGGACAGCCUUUUUCCACCUGCGCAAUAUCUCAAAAAUUAGACGCAUAUUGUCUCAGAGCGAUGCAGAAAAACUAGUCCAUGCCUUUGUUACCUCUAGGCUGGAUUACUGUAAUUCUCUCCUAUCAGGCUGCUCUAGUAAGUCAUUAAGGACUCUUCAGCUGGUCCAAAAUGCAGCAGCUCGGGUAUUGACUAGAACUAGUAGAAGGGAGCACAUCUCCCCUGUUUUAGCCUCUCUUCACUGGCUCCCUAUUAAAUAUAGAAUUGAGUUUAAAAUCCUCCUUGUGACAUAUAAAGCGCUUAAUGGCCAGGCGCCAUCAUAUCUCGACGAGCUAGUUAUACCGUACUUUCCAUCUAGACCGUUACGCUCACAGUCUGCAGGUCUGCUCGUUGUACCAAAUGUCUCUAAAAGUAGUGUUGGAGGAAGAGCUUUCAGCUACCAGGCACCUCUCCUCUGGAAUCAUUUACCGCUCGAGGUUCGGGGGGCAGACACACUCUCAACUUUCAAGAGUAGACUUAAAACGUUCCUCUUUGAUAAAGCCUAUAGUCAGGGCUGAUUUGAACCAGCUCUUAGUUAUGCUGCUAUAGGCCUAGACUGCCGGGGCUAUCUGGCACACUGAGCUAGAAUCUGUCUCUAUCUCCUCUUUAGAUCUUUAUGUCCCAUAUAAGUCACUGACCAGUUUUCUGUCUCUCUGAGUGUCUCUGAGUCUUUUAGCUGCCACUGGACUAAUGCUGCAAACGGUCUGCUGCGGAACUGCCUGACCCCAGCUGCAUCCAUCCUGGGCCCUGAGCUCCUCCAUCUCUUUGGCUCUUUGGCUUCUCUGGACCGUUGCUGCAGAGACCCCCCCCCCCCCCCCCUGAGCUCCUUCUUCUCUCUGAUUCCUCUGGACUGUUACUGUUACUGCAGACAUGAACAUCAGCCUCACUGUCAUUAUUGACAUACAAAAUAGAACUGACUACGAUUAAGCCUGCUAACUGUAAUCACACUCAAUUAAUUCAACAUUGUCCAUUAUUUCUCAUAUCCUAAACCUGUAAACUGAACGUCUUUUUGUUUCACCAUUACAUGAGCUGUUGUCGUUGUUGCUGUUGUUCCUGCUGCCUCCUGUCUCUCUCUCACCCUCGUUCCCUACUCUCUCUCCCUCCCCCUCCCUCUCCGUACUAAUUCUCUCUCGCCUUUCCCCUAUCUUGCUGUCUCUCUCCCUCCCCCUGUCCUCUCCCCCUCUCCCCUCUUCUCUCUACAUUCCUCCCCAACCCAGCAGCGGCAUGGUGGCUGUCUAGCAUGAGUCUGGUCCUGCCCAAGGUUUCUGCCUGUUAAAAGGAAGUUUUUCCUUGCCACUGCUACUCAUGUUAGUUGAGAUGGGCCAAAACCCAUCUUAGGUUGGUUCUUGAUCAUCAAACAAUGAGCGUGGUCUCGACCUGCUCUUGUUCUUUGGAAAGCGUCUUGAGAUGACGACUGUUGUGAAUUGGCGCUAUAUAAAUAAAAUUUGAUUGAUUGAUUGAUUGAUUGA